AUGAAUUCUUUACUACAGCUUCAGGCUGAUAUUGGGAGUAGAUAUACUGUGUCUGGCAUUGAAUUUGAUGUUUUACUGAAAUCCCAAGAACAUCGCUUGAUAAAAAUUAUGGAAAAGAUUGAAACGAAGCAUGAAGAGCAUUUGAAGCAUCACGCUGAUUCUUUUCAAUAUGAGGGUAAGGAAUUGAGGGUCGUUGCUAAAGAAAUUCAUAUUCUAUUUUUAGAAGAGGUUAAGAAAGUAAAGGAUGAUGUUAAUAUCAAAGUUGAGGUGAUCCAAAUAGUGAUGUCAAAAGAGAUUGUUAAACUCAGUCAGAAUUAUUCUGAUCUUCAUACUAAGGUUGAUGUAAUUGUUGGUGCAGUUAUGAAGGAAAGGGAAUACUUCACUUCCUUUAGUACUUGGGUUGAUACUAAGCAUGAUUCUGAUUCGAAUAUGUUUGCCAAGAUGGAAGAAUUAUUGGGGAGUGUAAAGGAAUCCUUUUCAAAGCUUAAUGUUUCUCUUUCCUCUUCAGUUUCUCAGGAGUCUCUUUCAAAGAUGUUUUCUUUCUUAUAA